GCGCGGCAGACCUCCGGCAACGAUAAUUGUGUAUAUCUUCAUACCAUCUUCCGAACUUCCUUACAACGGCCAACAGCAGCCCAACAGCACUGCUGCAUCCCUCACACCACUGAAACCCACACACACACACACCCCACACACACACACACACACACCCAGUCAACUUUGAACAUCUUCCGAACCCCGUCAUCGUCCGUGUUGCUGCUGUCGCUUGGGUUUGGCGAGUUCCUGUGCUUCUUCUAUUUGUACCUUGUACGCGCGCGCGUGUGUUCUUUGUCCUUCAAAGGAUGGAUAAGCGGCACCUGUACAGCCGAGUAGGUUCUGUUGCAGACCCAAGAGAACCACACCGGCAACGGUUACAUAACGUCGAUGCCAAUGCCUCUCCCACGCUCAGGCCGGGUUCGUCGUCGGUGCGGGCGCGUGUCCCCGAGGAAUCUCCCUUCAGUGGCCGCGGUGGACCACCAGUUGAAUCCAGUACCCCGCGACCAGCAUCAGCGCUGUCAGAGUUGUCAGCAGACACAGCCACGAGCGGCGUGGAGCUGCCUCGUCGCCAUGCCCCUCAAGCCACGCCGGAACAACCCAAGUUGACUGAUGAACCCAUGCUGCGGUUCCACGGAGACGAUGUACUCCCUGCGUUUGAUCGUCUGGAUGAUGCCAACUUGAGCGAGAUUGUGGGCGGUCAAGGCCAAGCUGACGGCGAGAACGCUCAGCGGCAGUUCACAACGCAACCAGCAGCCCAGCAGCAGCCCCGGCAGCCGCACCGUCGUUCCUCGCGUGGACCAAGUGACGCAUCCCAAACAGCCAAUCAAGCACCAGACGCGGCGAAACCGCGCCGGGCAAAGCUGAAGACGCGCCCUGUCCAGUCACGUUACAUGAGCUCCACGAAGCCCGCCAGCCAGAACGCGUCUAUGGUCAGCGCACGUCGCGCCAGCACAAGCGCACGCACACAAGCGGCAUCAGCAGCAGCACGACAGACACACCAGCCCACCACGAAGCGAGCACCAGCACCUUCGUCAUCAUCGUCGUCAUCACAGCGAGCGCGCGUGCCCUUGUCAUCGUCAGCGUUGGCAGCAGGGAGUGGGGCAAACAGACCCAGCGGCGUGCGACGUGUUUCUCUCCCUCACUCCUCAUCAACGAGGGGCCGGCAGCCGCUGACCAAGGACGUGGCAUCGAAGACAGACACACGCACGACCGCAGCAAGAACAGCACGAGGAGCAGCAUCAGCAGCGAGAGCGGCACGUGAAGGCGAACAAGAACAACGGGGCCGGGAAAGCGCCACGCCUGCUGGUGCCUCUACCGCAGCUGCAAAACAACAACAACAACAACAGCAGCAGCAGCAGCAGCAGCGAUCGCAGCACACGGCUGCUGGUGUGAGGACCAAACCGCAGCAUGUGGUGUCGGGCAGCCGUCGGUCAACACGACGCGGCGGCAGUGGUAGUGGUGGCAGGGCAACGUCGAUAUCCGCAUCAGGUAUAGCAGCACAUGGUGUCGGGGACGAGUCUGCUGUUGCGCGCAACUUGCACACACGCGCGUAUCUCUUGCAGUGGAUGUACAUUGCUGCGUUGCAAGAACGCUCCAUGCACAAGCAGGAGCAGAUGGCAACGCAGGCCAUUCGCACGGCUGCAUCCCACGUUGGGCGCCUUCAGCAGCAAGUGACACGCCUUGCAGUCACCAAGGCAACCGCGACUGCACACGCCUCUGUCGACACAGCAGCACGCACGCUGGCCAAACGUUUACCGGAGCCUGGUGCUAUGUCGAAGCUUCAGCAGACAUUGCAUGGGGUGUUGACGGCACUGGAAGUUCGCUCGCGCCAGCUUGCACUGCGUGGCGUGGCGGCGGAGGCCAGCCCUGACAUUGCUGCUGCCCUGAGGGAGGCGCAGUCGCGUGUCGCAGCACUUGGUGCUGUGCUUGAUGCGAACGUUCGCCCCCAGGAGCUGCUGCAAGGCGCAGAUCGCCUACGCAGCACUCUCAAGGCCACCAACGACUGCACAAGCGAGCUGUGCGGUGUUCUCCACCAUGCAACGCGGGCGCUGUACAAACUGUGUGCACUGCAGUACCAGAAGCGACACGUGGCAGCCGCAGCCACCAAUCAUAGUGGUACCGAGCGCGAGAGCGAGCUUGUGUCACCAAACUGAUUCAUAUUUGCAUGUGUACACGUGAAGCAGCCCCCCAUGCGUUUCUCUGUGUCAUCUGUGCCAUUCUCUCAUUCCCCCAAGGCGUUUUCUCCUGUGCUCGUGUGCUUGUGCAUAAUGUGAGCGUCAUCUGUCCAUGAUUGCUUCUUUCGCGGUGAACCUG